AUGAAUAUUGAAUUAAUUAAUACAAAUGAAAGAUUUAUAUUAAUAAAUAAUGGUAAUAAAGAUAAAUCAUUAAAUAUUGAUAAACAUUCAGUUAAAGCUAGUAUUAGUGUUGGUGUACCAAAAAAUAAUGAAAAGGUUUUAACAAGAAUUGAAAAUGUUAAAGGUAUAAUCGGUUGUAUUCAAUUGGUAUCAGGUCAUUAUUUAAUGAUAUUCAAAGAACAUAAUCAUGUUGCAACUGUGACAGGUAAGAAAAUCUAUCAAAUGAAAGAUGUCGAAUUGAUUCCAUUCUUUCCAAAUCAGCAAUCACUAGUAUCAAUCCCCGAUCAAGAUGCCGAGGAACAACAUUUAUCGAUGAUUAGAUGGUUAUUGUCGUCAGAGAAUUUCUAUUUCUCAUAUGACUAUGAUUUCACUCUUACACUUCAAAGACAGUAUUCAACCACCACCACCACCACAAGCGGAUCGUCAUUAGGCGAGCGUUGUGAUUCACGUUUCUUUUGGAACGAAAAGUAUGUUACAAUUUUAAGUAAAGAGCAUGGUUUGGGUGACUGGAUUCUACCAAUUACAAUGGGCUUUGUGGAGUCAAAGACAUUGGGUGGUACUUGCCAAUUCACUUUAAUUUCACGUAGAAAUUUAAAUCGUUCUGGUACACGUUAUAAUGUACGUGGUAUUGAUAAGAAGGGUAAUGUCGCUAAUAAUGUAGAGACUGAGCAGAUUAUUGAGAUCAAGGAGAACACUUUCACAUCAUUCGUGCAAGUUAGAGGCUCGAUCCCAUUGCUAUGGUCACAAUUCCCAACUUUGAAAUACAAACCAUCGGUUAAAUUCUACGGUGAUGAGAAGGAGAACUCCCAAGCAUUGGAGCAACACUUUAAACAACUUCACCAACUCUAUGGCUCCACCACCGUGGUCAACCUUAUCGAUCGUAAAGGUGCCGAAUUAAAAUUAGGUGAGGCCUAUGAAGAACGUGUUAAAUCUUUGAAAGAUGUUCAUUAUGUUUGGUUUGAUUUCCAUUCAAUUUGUAAAGGUAUGCGUUAUGACAAGUUGUCCAUACUCAUGGACCAGUUAAAGGACGAUUUGAAGCAGUAUGGCUUCUUUUUCGUUGAGGAUGGUAAAAUCGUUCAAAAACAACAAGGUGUUUUCCGUACGAAUUGUAUCGAUAAUUUAGACAGAACCAAUGUAGUGCAAUCUUUAAUCACUCGUCACUCCUUGGAGAACCAAAUGGCAAGUGUAUUGAAUAAACAAAUCCCAUCAACCACUUUCAAAGGCGACCAGUUUGAGUAUGUAUUUAAGAAUAUCUGGGCCGACCAUGGUGAUGCUAUCUCCACUCAAUACUCUGGCACUGGCGCAUUAAAGAAUGAUUUCACUCGUACUGGUAAAAGAAAUUUCCAAGGUGUACUUAGAGAUGGUGAAAAUUCAGUUAAAAGAUAUUAUUUAAAUAACUUUAAAGAUGGUUUCCGUCAAGAUAGUUACUUUUUAUUCACAAAUCCAUCAGUUGAUUUAACCACUGCUAAACAACAUGAAUCAAAACCACCCUCACCUCUAAUUUGGAUCUUUUCAUUUGUAUUUGCUGCUAUCUUUUUAGCAAAUUUAUAUCUCCCUUCUGCUACUUCAUCAAUUGGUGGUUUCAUUUCUCAAACUACCGUUUUAGUUGGUUCAGUUUUCUUUGCUCUUAAAUUAGCUAUGAAAUAUCAAGCUUCAAUAGUUGAUAAACCAACUUUAUUUAAAUUAGAUUCAAUUUAUAAAAACUAA